AUGGGCUGGCACUUGCUGCUGCCUGGCCUGCUCCUUUCCCUGCCUCUGGUGACAGGCUGGACUACUUCCAAAUGCCUACUGACGGAAGGCUCCCAACUGCCCCUGGUCUCUCGCUACUUCUCGCUCUGCUCCGUCUCCCAGGUGUCCUUCCUUGCCACAUGCCUCUCAGUGACCAACCUGACACAGACCUUGGCAGUUGUGCCUCAGACUAUAGAGGGGCUCUGCCUCAGCGGCUCAGUGUCUUCUCUGCCUCCGGAUGCUUUCUCUGCUUUUCCCAGACUCAAGUUCCUGGGGAUGAAUUUGCAUCUCACCCAACUCCUGCCAGGAGCUCUCCGAGGCUUGGGACAGUUACAGAAACUCUCUUUUGUAGACCAUCCCUUAAAGAAGAAACCCCUCUUUCUACCUCCCGAAGCCUUUGCCGACCUGAUUUCCCUCCAGAGACUCCUUAUCUCGGGCCCCUGUCUGGACAAGAAGGCAGGCAUCCGACUGCCUCGCAGUCUACAAUGGCUCGCUAUCAAGAACAGUUGCCUUCAGGAUGUGGGAGAGCUGGCUGGCAUGUUUCCAGAUCUGGUGCAAGGCUCUUCUUCCAGGGAUCCGUGGACCCUACACAUGUUGGAUUUGUCAUUCAGCCAGGGACUGACGAUGGCUAGUCCUGGGUCCCUCCAGGGUCUCCAGUUGGAGACUCUGAACCUGGACCACACACAUCUGGAGGCAGCGAAGGUGAAGGCCCUGGGACUCCAGAGACUCGACAUCUUGUCUGCGCAGUUCACUGCCAUGGCUGAACUGCCCGCUGAGGCUGUUGCCCACUUCGAGCUGCAGGAGUUGAAUGUGGGAGGUAACAAGAUAAGAAAUAUAUCUCAGGAGGCCCUGGCUUCCUGCCACAGCCUGAAGAUCUUGAAUCUUCCAAGUACUGGCCUGACGAAGCUACCACCGGGGUUUCUGGCUGCCAUGCCUAGACUUCAGAGACUGAACCUGGCAGGAAACCAACUGCAGAGCCCGAUGCUGUGCAUGAAUGAGACCAGAGACAUGUCAGGACUGAUGACUCUGAAUCUGGCAAGCAAUGGGCUGCGUGUCCUGCCUCCAGGCACCUUCUCCUGUCUACCACACUUGCGGGAACUGCUGCUUCAGGACAACGAGCUGCUCUCCCUGGAGGGGCAGCUCUUCCAGAAUCUACAGCAACUAGAGACCUUAAACUUGGAUAAAAACCCCCUGCUUAACCUGGGUAAGAACUGGUUGACUGCUCUGCCUGUGCUGACCACCCUUAGCCUGCUAGACACCCAAAUAUCACUGAGCCCAGACCCUGGUUUCUGGAGAGCAGAGACUCUGCAUACCCUGAAACUGAAGCUUCCCUCUCUCCCUACUCCGGCAGUAUUGUCCCUGCCCAUGUAUCUGACCAGCUUAGAGCUUCAUGCGGCCUCAGGCCUGAAACACUGGAAGCUGUCCCCGAACGUCUUUCCUUUUUUGGAGACCUUAACUAUAAAAGGCAGGGGGCUGAAGCUGGAGGUGCAGAACGCCUCAGAGGUCUUCCCUGCUCUUCGGCAACUUUCCCUGCUCCAGAAUAGCUUGGAGGCCUUCUGCUCCCAAGACACCUCCAACAUUUUCCUCUGGCAGCUCCCAAAGCUUCAGUCCUUAAAGAUCUGGGGUGCUGGAAGCAGUUCCAGACCCUGCCUUAUCACUGGGCUGCCCAGCCUACAGCUGCUGAAGCUGGAGACCCUUCAAUCCAUAACCCAGCCGCGGGCAGUGCAGCUGGAGGAGCUGGUGGGUGAGCUUCCACAGCUCCAGGCGCUACAGCUGUCUGACACAGGGCUCAAGUCACUGUCGGCCUCCGCUUUCCAGCGUCUGGGCAGUCUCCGAGUCUUAGCGCUCUACACUGAGAAGGACUUGGUGCUGCAUGACAGUCUGAGGGAGUAUAGCCCUCGGAUGCCCAAGUACAUUUACAUUCUGCAGUCGCACUUGGCUUGCCAGUGUGCCAACGCAUGGAUGGAGCCAUGGGUUAAGCAGUCCACUAUAACAUACAUCCAAAUACUAGACCCGCAGUUAUGUCCAGCAGAAGCGGGUGAGCCAGCCAAGCAUUCCCUUUUCUCCUUUCUAUGGAACCACUGCCCCCAGACUUUGGAGUUAAAGCUCUUUCUAGCUAGCUCUGCUUUGGUGUUUCUGCUAAUUGCCUUGCCACUCUUCCAAGAAGCCAGGAACUCUUGGCUCCCUUACCUGCAGGCCUUGUUCAGGCUUUGGCUCCAGGGUCAGAGGGGUCAGGGGGAUGAAGGAAAGAGAUUCCUUUUUGACGUCUUCGUGUCCCACUGCAGGCAAGACCAGGGCUGGGUAAUAGAGGAACUUCUGCCUACCCUGGAGGGCUUCCUUCCAGCUGGCCUGGGGCUACGCCUCUGCCUCCCUGAUCGAGACUUUGAGCCUGGUAAGGAUGUAGUUGAUAAUGUGGUAGACAGCAUGGUGAGCAGCCGUGUCGUACUCUGUGUGCUGAGUGGCCAGGCCCUGUGUGACCCUCGCUGCCGCCUGGAGCUCCACUUGGCCACCUCUCUCCUGCUAGCUGCCCCCUUCCCUCCAGUGCUGCUGCUAGCCUUCCUGGAACCCAUUUCCCGACACCAGCUCCCUGGCUACCACAGACUGGCUCGACUGCUCCGGCGAGGAGACUACUGCUUGUGGCCCAAGGAGGACGAAAGAAAGGAUGGUUUUUGGGCUUGGCUGAGGAGCAAGCUGGGGCAACCAGGCUUGGAGUAG